AUGUCUUUUAGCAAUACAAGACGCAUUGGCUUUGAAGUAAUUCUAAGUGUUAAUCGUCGAACAUUAGCAUCGAUUAUAAUAAUAAAAUUUAGUCGAUCAAGACUAGAUAGUAAUGAAAACUUAAUACUUGCAUCAAUAUUUCAUUCAAUGUAUAUUAUUACAUGUCAGUUAUCUUCCGAACUUAAUUCAAGUGGUAUACGUGAAUUAGAAACAGAUCAAUUUAAACUUUGUUGUUUUCAAUCUAUAACUGAAAUUAAAUUUCUGUCAUUAACUGAUCUAAUACAAGUUAAUAUUGAUGCAUUAAUUAAGACAUUUAUAUGA